AUGGCACUAGACUUUAGGAGCCCCCUCCGAGUCGCUCAGUCUGUGACAGACCUCUUACGGUUUUCUCCUCCGUGCUCCCCCCCGCCUCCUCCCCCCCGCCCACCCUGGAAUCGCUACCGCCCGUCGGAGAGCAUGCAGGGCCUGCUGAUCGCUCUCUUUGGGGGCGGCGUGCCAGCCGGUUUUGCCGCCUUGUUCACCCGCAUGGCCAACGAGGCUUCGGGCAUCCCCUCGCUGCAGAUCCUCCUCUUCCGCUGCAUCCUCCACCUGUUCUUCUUCGGCUGCAUCCGCUUCCAGAAGAUCCCCUGCUGCGGACCGCCCGAGUCCCGCAAGCGGACCUUCUACCACGCCUGCGUCAACAUCAUCUCCAUCGGCUUCGCCUAUACCUCCUUCAUGGUGGUGCCCAGCGGGAACGCCACCACGGUCCGCAAGGGCUCCUCCACCAUCUGCUCCACCCUGCUGGCUUUGUACGUGGAGAAGAACCACCUGACGGGCUACGACUGGUUUGGGCUGGCGGGCAGCACGUUGGGGGUGGUCAUCAUGGUGGUGCCGGACUUGCUGAACCUGGACAAGAGCACCCAACUCUACGACGCUCUGGGCUACCUCCUGGCUUGCAUGGGAGGGGUGCUCUUGGCCUUGGGCCUGGUCAUCUUCCGGAGCUUGGACUUCCCAGCGAAGCUGGUGACGGUGACGUUCCUCUUUGGCGCCGUGGGGAGCGUGCUGUGCCUCCCGGCCAUGUUCCUGCUGCAGGAUCCGGUCCUGCCCGAGGACCUUCUGACCUGGACUUGCGUGCUGUCUGCAUCCCCGCCUGUCCUUCCCAGCGCCAGCUAAUGGGUGAUCUAAAACCCACCUAGUCUCUUGGUGUGGCCGCAGGUUGCACUCCAAGUGGUGGUGACUCUGCCGGCCCAGUACCACGUAAGCUGGUGGGAGGUGGUGACCCCCUUCGACAUCAUGGGGGCCGGGGUCAUCCUGGGAAGCAUCGCCAUCAUCACUGCCCAGAAUAUCAGCUGCGACACGCCCCAGGAUGACGAAGGGGUGGUGUGA